AUGGAUGAGCUGCUGGCGAUCAUUGUGAUCGUGAUACUCUGCUGUGUGAUGUUUUUCGCGUGGCUGGUUUCAAUGGCCACUUGUCCGGAUGCGAUGGUAUCGUUUCUUUCUGGAUCGAGAAGCGAUUCGAGUUACUCGUCUUCUCACGAAUCAAAGGAGUUGAUAAACCGUUGUGAUGAUGACCAGGAACUGGUGAAGUCCGUUUCUUCCGUCUACUUACAAUUGAAUGCACAGCGCAAAAUGAGUGAUAAGAAGCUCAGCGUUGUACCAGAGGCUGACGAGCAGUUGACCGUACAAUCUACAAUUCACUCGAUGCGACCUUCGAUUCUUCGCGCUCCUUCGCAGUCUAGUGGCGAACAGAAGAAAUCAUCGGACAUCGCCCGCAUGCGGAACAAUCUUUUCUACACGUUACGCGCCUAUGGAGCACCAGGAAAGUUUGUUGCGUUGCCUGAUGGCGUGAAUCAACGAAUGCCUGCAGCAGUUCCAACACCAGCAGGAUGGACGCCACCGCUUGAAUUGGCGAGAAGUCAUGUUUCGCAAAAUAUUGAACAGCAACGAACGAAAGUGGUCUGUGUGGUACUCUGUGGUAACCUCAUGCUGAAGAUCAGAAGAUUGAACAGUGCUUUGCCCAACCUCUACGCUGUUAAGAUAGGACGAGGAAUCCCAUCAGGCUGA